AUGGCAGCAGCCGCCAUCCCAGCUUUGCUUCUGUGCCUCCCGCUUCUGUUCCUGCUGUUCCCGCUGUUCGGCUGGACCCGGGCUGGGCGAGACGACCCUCACUCUCUUUGCUAUGACAUCACUAUCAUCCCUAAGCUCAGACCUGGACCACGGUGGUGUGCGGUUCAAGGCCAGGUGGAUAAAAGUACUUUUCUUCACAAUGACUGUGGCAACAAGACAGUCACACCCAUCAGUCCCCUGGGGAAGAAACUAAAUGUUGCCAAGGCCUGGAAAGAACAGAACCUAGUACUGAGAGAGGUGGUGGACAUGCCCACAGAGCAGCCGCUUGACAUUCAGCUGGAGAAUUACACACCCAGGGAACCCCUCACCCUUCAGGCCAGGGUGUCUUGUGAGCAGAAAGCCAAAGGACACAGCAGUGGAUCUUGGCAGUUCAGUUUCGAUGGACAGAUCUUCCUCCUCUUUGACUCAGAAAACAGAAUGUGGACAACGGUUCAUCCUGGAGCCAGAAAGAUGAAAGAAAAGUGGGAGGAUAACAAGGAUGUGACCAUGUCCUUCCAUUACAUCUCAAUGGGAGACUGCACAGAAUGGCUUGAGGACUUCUUGAUGGGCAUGGACAGAACCCUGGAGCCAAGUGCAGGAGCACCAAUCACCAUAUCCUCAGGCACAACCCAACUCAGGGCCACGGCCACCACCCUCAUCCUUUGCUGCCUCCUCAUCAUCCUCCCCUGCUUCAUCCUAGCUGGCAUCUGAGGAGACUCCUUUAGAGUGACAGGUACUGUGGGCAGAAUUGGAAGUGGAGCAAGGAGCAGGUGGGUG